AUUCCUGAGGAUUACCCAUCAUGCCCCGCGGGUAAAGAUGGCAGCAGAUCAACUUUUCCCGGAGCUCUGAGCGGAUUCUAUCUCCAGUAACGGAGCUCCUCCCCGGGCCGCUGCUGCUCUCACUGACCGCCGUCAGGCUGCCCUGCCCGCAGCGCUACUACCGGGAGUCGGAUCGGUCCGGAGACCCCCGCUCCUGCUCUCCCAGCCGGAGGAAGGACCGCGGACCUCGGGCUGAAGUUUGUCUACCCUCGGCGGAGCCGCCCCGAGCCGCGCUGGGCCGCGCUGACCGCCGCUCAGGUUAUCGGAUCAGAACACAGAAGAGGAUCCAACCAGAGGAUGAAGAGUUCCAGGUGUGAUCCUUUCUAUGGAUGAAGUCUCUUCUGGAACCGUUCACAGCUCAGGACCGCAGACCCGACCGGAACCAGCAGGCAGGAUGGCGAGCGCCGGCCCGGCCAGGAAGCCGUACCGCAAGGCUCCGCCGCAGCACCGCGAGACGCGCCACGGCCUGACCCCUGCCUCGCCGCCGCCCGCCCAGCGGCCCGACCUCAGCCAGGUAACCCCGUCCCCGCAGCGCCGUGAACAGGCCCCGCCCCCCUCCGACAGCGAGCCUGACGUCUCCAGCCUGUCCAGCCUGGAGCUCUACGUGCUGCCGCCGCCGCCCUUCAGGAGCUCCGCCCACCGGCCUGAACGCCACGCCGCCAGUCAGAGAAGGGGAGGUCACCUAGGCUCCGCCCACUCCAGGAGACGUUCCCCGGUGCGGCACCGCCCCAGCUGGACCCAGCGGGCCGCCCCUGCCCGUGGCGCCGCCCCCAAAGGCAUCCUGAAGCAGCCGGCCGCCGUGGGGGCGGAGCCAACCUACGACACGCUCAGGAAGUCAAAGUCGGUGGAGCUGCUGGGUGACGGGCGGCAGGGGGCGGAGCAUCGGGGGCCGCCCUCGCUGCAGUCGCUGGCCCCGUCCUCCUCCGCCCGCACCGCCUGGAACUGGAGGAUGCAGGUUCUGGAGGAGAAGGUCCGGUUCUCCAGCUUCCUGGACGAGAUCACCUGCCGUGUCUUAAGCCCCGCCCGCCUCGCGCAGCUUGGCAGGCCGCCCGCAGACCUUAGAGGCUCCGCCCACCAGCACGGCUGCCGUCCCGACGCCGGCCGACGGUCCACAGACCGGACCCGGCGCUGGGACGGCUGGGUGGCGUCGAUACGGCGACCCGACGGCUGGAACCAGCCUCUGGAGAGGGCGGGGUGCGGUGACAUCACACGGGGGGCGGAGCUUAGAAAGGUGACUGAGGUCAGGCAGAGACCCAGACCCCCCCUGUCCAGUCUGUCCCUGCUGUCCCACAUCAAGGAGGCGCUGUCGGACUCCGACAGGAUCAGAAUCCUCCAGCAGCAGAACGAGGACCUGCGGCACCGCCUGUCACUCUCCACCCACAAGAUGGAGGCCAUGGAGGCAGAGUUUGAGGGCAGCCGUCACUACAUGGAGGCGGAGCUCAGCCGGACCAGAGACGACCUGGACAAGAUGAGGGACAAGUUCCGCAGACUCCAGAACAGCUACACGGCGUCGCAGCGAGCCAAUCAGGACCUGGAGGAGAAGCUGCACGCUCUGCUACGGAAGGUGGAGAGGGACAAAAAAACGAUGGACCAGGAGAUCGUGGAGCUCACCAACAAACUUUUGGACGCUAAGAACACCAUAGACCGCCUGGAGGAACUCAACGAACGCUACAGGCAAGACUGCAACUUGGCCGUUCAGUUGCUCAAAUGCAACAAGUCCCACUUCAGGAACCACAAGUUUGCUGACCUGCCCUCGGAGCUGCAGGAAAUGCUCAACAAACACAUGAAGUCCAGCCUCCCGGAGCGAAGCCCCGCCCCCGGCGGCCAGGACCCGGACACGCUGAGCCUGACGCACGCCGACGUCGUGCCGACCUCCGUCAUCGCCCGCGUCCUGGAGAAACCCGAGCCGCUGGUUCUGAACUCGGCCCAGUCCAGCAGCUGUGGCCGGCCGGUAGCUGAGGACGUCUUUGUCCACGUGGACAUGACGGACCCGGCCGGCGCCGAGGCUCGGGAGGAUGGCGCCGGCCGGGAGGUGCCGCAGCACAACGGCUCCUGCCGCAGCCAGAGCAGCCUGGAUGAGGAGGCGGGCGGGGCUCCGGCCUUCGAGAAGCUCAACCCGUACCCUCCGCCGCCGCCGCCUCACCCGCUCUACCCGGGCCGCAAGGUCAUCGAGUUCUCGUCCGACGACAAGGUGAAGAUCCCCAAGAACUCACCGCUGCCCAACUGCACCUACGCCACAAGGCAGGCCAUCUCCCUCAGCCUUGUCCAGAACGACGACGAGCGGGUUGGCCCCGGAAGCCCUGCCCCUUCCUCCUCCUCCGGCGGCGGGGGCGGAGCCAACCAGCACACGCCGCCAUCACAGCGAGACGCCGCCAGCGAGCUGCUCUCCGCUCAGUCCAGCCCCUUCAGCAGCCCGCCACAGGCGCCGAGUGUGCCGGCCAGCUCCGCCAGCUCCGAGGAGGAUCUUCUCUCCAACUGGCAGCGGAUGUUUGUGGAGAAGAUGGCGCCCUCUAGCGAGGGCUCCGUGAUGCACCGCACCUCGUUCAGCAGCCAGACGGCGCAGGAGCUGCAGAGGCGGCGGCAGGCAGCAGGGGGCGGGGCCGGCUCAGAGCGCCACAGGGCGGCGUACUCGGACGGAGAGGAAGGCUCAUCAGCCCGCAGCUGGACGCCGAGCCGUGGCUCCAGUCUGGACACAGACACCGACACGGAGCCCCAGCCCGGCAGGAGGCGCUACGGCGACGGGAAUGGCCCCGAGGAGGCGGAGCUGCUGAUGGACUUAGAGGACGAAACCGGCAGCGCGGACACUGCUGUCACCGUGACGACCACGGACGCCCACGGGAAGACAGAGGAGGAUGACAGCUCGGCCGAAGAGAGAGACGUUCUUCCACGCGAGCUGCCCGCCAUCUCGCCCCGCCUCCUGGAGUUUGACCCCGCCCCCGGCCCACAGAGGCCAAUGAGGAGCCCCAAAAGGAUGGGCGUGCACCACCUGCACCGCAAGGACAGCCUGACCCGGGCCCAGGAGCAAGGCACGCUGCUGGACUGACCGUCGCCACGGAAACCCGACUGCAGGCCACGCCCAGGAAAUAGCCAUACUUGACGUACGCUGCCGAGCGCGCCACCUGGCGUCCAUCAAUUCCACUUCCUGUUUACACAAACAGAGAGGAUCCAGAAAAACUGGCCAUCCUUUAUUUUGACCCCUGGGGUCGACGACCCGGAGCCGCUCCACCAGUUGACCCCCUGGUUAUUUUUUUUACUUCCUGUUUUGUGAUGCGACAUCAUCAGGAAACCGUCAUCAGUGUUAGAAGGUGAACUUUGACCUGAGGUCCAGCCUGACCCGGUUCCUGAUUAUCGGGCCUGUUCUGGAUCGAUGUCGGAAACCCAGAAAUGUCUUGUUUCCCAAACAGAUGCUUUUAUUUUGAAAGAACAAAUUGGACAUGCUCAGACUCUCAGUGCCUCCAUCACUUCCUGUCCCAGAGGUUGUGAGUUUGAUGCUGGGCUCAAGUUAAAGGCUUUUAUUCUGACAUCUGUAGCUGCUGGUUUUCUGUCGCGUGUCCAGGCAGGUGAUUGGCUGGUGUUUAGCCCCGCCCCCGUCACCCCACACACUGAUUGUCUCACGGGGGGCGGGGUAGUGGGCGGAGCUCCAGCUCACCUGGAAUGUGACAUCACCGUUUUGUUUAUGAAAUCUGACGUUCUGAUUGGUCACCACUGAAUUUGUUUUGCUUUAUGAAUUCUACAGCAUCCUGUUGGUGCCAAAACACGGCUGGAGCUCCUCCUGGUGGUGACAGGAGAUAGUGCUGCUCUGUUUUUGGCACCUGAGGGAUUCCGUAGCCACCGGCGCUCGGCCUCUGCGGCGCCAGUCCGAAUGUGGACCCGCCUCCUCACAGCGCUGAUUGUGGCUCAUCGGACCAAGCAGCUGAUCACUGAAUGUUCUGAUGAGCGGUUCUGGCCGGAUCCGUCACUGAAUGUUCUCUCACCAGAACUUUUUCUGUUCUGAAUAUUCAGAAAUUAUUUUCAUAAAAACUGAAAUAUUUGGUUUAUUUUGAUUCUGGUUGAAUGUUUGUUGCUUCAGUCUGCGGUUCUGGAACAACCCGGCGGUUCUGGAACAACCCAGUUACAACUUCACACUUCAACCAUUUGGGUCCAGUUUUCUGUCCAGAUCUGAUCAGAACCUCUGUUCACUCUGAGGGUUCAGGUUCGUCGUCCUGAAGAACUCAGCAACCCAGGUCGGAGAGGUUCUGACCCAGUUCCUGAGGUCCAUUUCCAUCUGUGGACGGCAGAAGGUUCUGAUGCUCAGUUCUGAGGUCCAGUCUGUGUUCUGCUGAGUUCUGGUCCAAUUCCAUCAGGAUUUAGAACCCAGUCACCAUCAAGCUUAUUGGGUUUAAGCCCGGAUAGAACCGGUUCCAGUACCAGAACCGGAGCUGGGUUAGGGUUCUGGAUCAGAACCUUUUGACCCAAACAAAACCAGUCCAAACAAUUAGGUUCUGCUGCAGAGACAUCGGACCCUCCUCUUCCUCAGCUGCUGAUGAAUUAUUCACUCUUUUCCAUCUGGUUUGGUUCUGCUGGUUUUGAGGUUUUGGGUCGGCUGUGAGCCACCGGGUCACAUGCAGGAGGUUCUGUCCAGUCUGACCCUGAGCUGUUUCUGGGUUGGAACCAGAACCAGCAGAACUUCAGCUGCAGGUCCUCACAGAGACACAUGGACCCGCCUGACUGUGUGCUUAAUACGUCAUGAGCCCCACGAGGCUCAAAGACGAGUGUGUGUGUGUGUGUGUGUGUCCUUCCUCCAUCUUUAAUGACUCUUCCUCGUGAACAGAAGCAAGGCUCACCUUCAUCACUCCUCCUCUUCAUCCUCCUUCCUCCAUCUGUUUGACCUCUGACCUCCUGAUUAUGGGUUUAUUUCUCCUAUUGAUCGUCACUCAGAUUUAAUUAUUCAGUCUGAUGAAGGAUCAGAACCUUCUGGACCACAACCUUUGGUUCUGGAUUGGUUCUAAGAAUGUUAUCAGAUCCACAGACCUCAGCAGAGGACCGAGGUCACGACCCUGAGGAACGCUAACCGGAACCAGAACCUUCCUGUCCUCCUGAACCAAUGAGUCAAAGAUCCGUUUUAACUUUUUCUCAGAUUAAUAAAUAUAUUAACAAUCAGACUGAAAUUCAUCGGAUCGGCACCAGAAUGAUCCGGUUCAGCCACGUCUGAAUCGAUUGACCUGAAUUCCAUCAGAACCACUUCACUUAGUGAUCCGGGUCAGGAAGUUCUGGUUCUGGGAGUCUGCAGGUCAGAACUCAGUUUGACUCAUUUAGUAGUCUCCCUUUGACCUGGUCUCCAUGGAGAUUCUCCAGAACCAUCAGAACCUGAUAUAAACUUGGCAUGAAGUGAAGCGGUGCGUUCGGGCGCCUCCUGGUGCGUUCGGGCCCACUCUGAUGCUGAAUGAAGCUCUGACGGACCCUCAGAGCCAAGGCCCUCACCUGGGGUCAGGUGGACAUUGAUCAGGGGACUUUAGCCCCGCCUCCUCCAGGUGCUGCUCUCACCUGGCUGACCUCAGCGGUUUCUGCUCCAGAGAAAUCUCUGACUGUUAAACUGGUUUUAUUUUCUCAGUGUGAAACGAUGAUGUAUAUUUUAAAGCAAAUAAAAUAUUUUAAA